AUUGAUGAAAUGAAACGGUUGGAGGAAAUGUCAACUGUGUUUCAGAGUCCAGGGGUUGAGCACCACCCUCCAGAACCAAAAUUGCAAACAGAAGGGAAUGAAGAUUCAGGGGGCAAAGAGCAACCAUGGGAAAUGGUGAUGGAUAAGAAACACUUUAAGCUGUGGCGGCGCCCUAUUAUAGGCACCCAUCUUUACCAGUACAGAGUUUUUGGAACCUACACAGAUGUGACACCCCGGCAGUUCUUCAAUGUUCAGCUGGAUACAGAAUAUAGGAAAAAGUGGGAUGCCCUGGUAAUCAAGCUGGAAGUGAUUGAGAGAGAUGUGGUUAGUGGUUCUGAGGUUCUUCACUGGGUAACACAUUUUCCUUAUCCAAUGUACUCACGGGAUUAUGUUUAUGUUCGGCGGUAUAGCGUGGAUCAGGAAAACAAUGUGAUGGUGCUGGUGUCACGUGCUGUGGAGCACCCUAGUGUGCCGGAGUCUCCAGAAUUUGUAAGGGUCAGAUCGUAUGAAUCACAAAUGGUUAUCCGUCCCCACAAGUCAUUUGAUGAGAAUGGCUUUGACUACUUGUUGACAUACAGUGACAAUCCCCAGACUGUGUUUCCUCGCUACUGUGUUAGUUGGAUGGUUUCCAGCGGCAUGCCGGAUUUCCUGGAGAAGCUGCACAUGGCCACUCUGAAAGCUAAGAACAUGGAGAUCAAAGUAAAGGACUAUAUCUCAUCUAAGCCUGUGGAAAUGGGUAGUGAAGCCAAGGCCACCACCCCGUCUUCUGAACGGAAGAACGAGGGUAGUUGUGGCCCUGCCCGGAUCGAAUAUGCUUGAACAAGGGCUUUGGGAUAAGAAGGGACAGGCUGCUUCUAGCCCUGUCUCGGUCCCUAUCACUCUGCCACGGAAGGAAGACAUGUACUAAAAGAUGUCUGCUGUAACCACCAGUGCAAGAUAAUUCAGUAACUGGUGUCCGAUUUCAUUCAGAGCCCUCUUUGCUCUUUAUCAAAACAGAGAAGAAGGAGGCAUCCAUGGGGACAUUGUCAUAUUCUCAGGCCAAGCAUUUUACGAUUCAGUAUUUCAGUGAGCUAAUCUGGAACACACUUCAGGCCAGAAGGGGAUGACUUGUUUUUGCUCCCUCUGAGUAGUUUCCUCUGCCAGCAUUCCAGUUUCCAUCAUCAGUUCUGCAUUUGGACUUCCUUUAUUCUAAAGGUCCAACUGGAGAGUGAAAUUGGCUGGUUGAUGGUUCAGUGAGGGGUCAUCGGGAGUGCCCUUGAUAACCAUCCUAGUGUUGAAUGAAUGUGCACUAUUGCUUGGCAGUGUAAGUGCCUUGUCCUCACCUUGCUAUCUAUAGGACAUAAAGUUUGUACCAGGAAAUUUCUUUUCUUGCCUCCCAAAUACUACUCAUCGACUACCCAAAGCCAUUUCCUUUGGAUUGGCCAACUCUUCUGUAUUCAUGCACUGUGUUAACCUGGCUUGGCUCCUCAUUCCUUGGCUCAUUUACCAAGAACACUGGGAAAUGAUUCCUUUUAGACAGUAGCUUUCUGUGUUAUCA